GGCCCCCGAAGGACCUGUCCCCCUUGGCCGAGGCCAUGGGGCAGCCCCUGGGCUGGGGGUCCAGCGACGGCCCCGGGGGGGCUGCGGGCGGGGGGACCCCUCCGGGGCAGCGGCAGCGCCGCCCCCCCCACCCCAAGCACAAGGGCCAGGGGGGCACCGGGGGCGUCCAUCGCUCCCCCCGCGCCCUCUUCUGCCUCCGCCUCAACAACCCCAUCCGCCGGGCGGCCAUCAGCAUCGUGGAGUGGAAGAAAGGGGACACUGAGCAGGUGGAGUACGUGUUCCUCAUCAUCUUCACGGUGGAGACGUUCCUGAAGAUCAUCGCCUACGGGCUGGUGCUGCACCCCAGCGCCUACAUCCGCAACGGCUGGAACCUGCUGGACUUCGUCAUCGUCAUCGUGGGGCUGUUCAGCGUGAUCCUGGAGCAGGUGUCCCACAAGCCGGGCGAUGCCCACCACAUGAGCGGCAAGCCGGGCGGCUUCGACGUCAAGGCCCUGCGCGCCUUCCGCGUGCUGCGCCCGCUGCGCCUCGUCUCCGGCGUCCCCAGCCUCCACAUCGUGCUCAACUCCAUCAUGAAGGCGAUGGUGCCGCUGCUGCACAUCGCGCUGCUCGUGCUCUUCGUCAUCAUCAUCUACGCCAUCAUCGGCCUCGAGCUCUUCAUCGGCCGCAUGCACAAGACCUGCUUCUUCAUCGGCUCUGACCUGGAGUCGGAGGAUGACCCCUCUCCCUGCGCCUUCUCGGGGCACGGCCGCGCCUGCCUGCAGAACAACACCGAGUGCCGCGGCCGCUGGGAGGGGCCCAACGGCGGCAUCACCAACUUCGACAACUUCUUCUUCGCCAUGCUCACCGUGUUCCAGUGCAUCACCAUGGAGGGCUGGACCGACGUGCUCUACUGGAUGCAGGACGCCAUGGGCCACGAGCUGCCCUGGAUUUACUUCGUCAGCCUCGUCAUCUUCGGCUCCUUCUUCGUCCUCAACCUGGUGCUGGGGGUGCUGAGCGGGGAAUUCUCCAAGGAGAGAGAGAAGGCCAAGGCCCGCGGGGACUUCCAGAAGCUGCGGGAGAAGCAGCAGCUGGAGGAGGAUCUGCGGGGCUACAUGGACUGGAUCACCCAGGCCGAGCUGGAGGGUGACGAGGAGGAGGGGGAGCAUGAGAAGCACCGUCUGACCGCCGAGGACCUGAUGGGGAAGCGGAAGCCACGGCUGAAGUGGCUGCGCCAUGCGAGUCACUCCACUGACACCCACGCCAGCCUCCCGGGCAGCGAGACCACCUCGGUGAACACGGAGACCGUGGGGGAGGAGGAGGCGCCGCCGACCGCCUGCGACCGCUGCCUGGGCAAAAUUACAAAGACAAAAUUCUGUCGCCGCCUGCGCCGCCUGAACCGCCUGUGGCGCCGGCGCUGCCGCGCGGCCGUGAAAUCCGUGUCCUUCUACUGGACCGUGCUGCUGCUCGUGUUCCUCAACACGCUGACCAUCGCCUCCGAGCACCACGGGCAGCCGCCCUGGCUCACCGAGACACAGGCGUACGCCAACAAGGCGCUGCUGUCGCUGUUCGCCGCCGAGAUGGUGCUGAAGCUCUACGCGCUCGGCCCCUCGUGCUACUUCGCCAGCUUCUUCAACCGCUUCGACUGCUUCGUGGUGUGCGGCGGCGUGCUGGAGACCGCGCUGGUGGAGCGCGGCGCCAUGGAGCCGCUCGGCAUCUCCGUGCUGCGCUGCGUGCGCCUGCUGCGCGUCUUCAAGGUCACCCGGCACUGGGCAUCACUGAGCAACCUGGUGGGGUCCCUGCUGAACUCCAUGAAAUCCAUCGCCUCCCUGCUGCUGCUGCUCUUCCUCUUCAUCAUCAUCUUCGCUCUCCUGGGCAUGCAGCUCUUCGGGGGCCGCUUCAGCUUCGACGAGACCCAGACCAAGCGCAGCACCUUCGACACCUUCCCGCAGGCCCUGCUCACCGUGUUCCAGAUCCUGACGGGGGAGGAUUGGAACGCGGUGAUGUACGAUGGGAUCAUGGCCUACGGUGGCCCCGUGUUCCCCGGGAUGCUCGUCUGUGUCUACUUCAUCAUCCUCUUCAUCUGCGGGAACUACAUCCUCCUCAACGUCUUCUUGGCCAUCGCCGUGGACAACCUGGCGGACGGUGACAACAUCAACUCGGGGGGGGACAAAAAGGACAAGGCUGGGGAGGCAGAGGCGGGGACGGAGAGCCAGGACGUGGCUGUGAAGGUUGAGGGGGAUCAGCCGCAGGAGGAAGAGGAGGAGGAGGAGGAGGAGGUGGAGGAAGGUGACGAGGAGGCCGGGGGGGAGCGUGACAGCCUGGGGAGGGCCCAGCUGGAGUCCCUGGAGGAGGCCCCCAAGACCAAGGUGACCCCGAUCCCUGAGGGCAGCGCCUUCUUCGUGCUGAGCAGCACCAACCCGCUGCGGGUCAAGUGCCACGCCCUGAUCAACCACCACAUCUUCACCAACCUCAUCCUCGUCUUCAUCAUCCUCAGCAGCAUCUCCCUGGCCGCAGAGGACCCCGUGCGCGCCCACUCACCCCGCAACCACAUCCUGGGCUACUUUGACUACGCCUUCACCUCCAUCUUCACCGUGGAGAUCCUGCUCAAGGGCAAGUUCUACAGCUGCACUGACGAGGCCAAGCACACGCCAGGAGAGUGCAAGGGGACAUUCCUGGUGUACAAGGACGGGGACGUGUCCCACCCGUCGGUGCGGGAGCGCCUCUGGCUCAACAGUGACUUCAACUUCGACAAUGUCCUGGCGGGGAUGAUGGCCCUGUUCACCGUGUCCACCUUCGAGGGGUGGCCAGCGCUGCUGUACAAGGCCAUCGAUGCCAACGCCGAGAACCAGGGGCCCAUCUACAACUACCGUGUGGAGAUCUCCAUCUUCUUCAUCGUCUACAUCAUCGUCAUCGCCUUCUUCAUGAUGAACAUCUUCGUGGGCUUCGUCAUCAUCACCUUCCGCGCGCAGGGCGAGAGCGAGUACCGCAACUGCGAGCUCGACAAGAACCAGCGGCAGUGUGUGGUGUACGCGCUGAAGGCGCAGCCGCUGCGCCGUUACAUCCCCAAAAACCGCACCCAGUACCGCGUGUGGGCCAUGGUCAACUCCACCGCCUUCGAGUACAUCAUGUUCGUCCUCAUCCUGCUCAACACCAUCGCCCUGGCCGUGCAGCACUAUGAGCAGUCCAAGCCCUUCAACUACGUGAUGGACCUGCUCAACAUGGUGUUCACGGGGCUCUUCACUGUGGAGAUGGUGCUCAAGAUCAUUGCCUUCAAACCCCGGGUAUGCCGCAGGGGUGUCAUGGGGGGGUCACACAAGGGGGACACAAGGGGGGGUCACAGACAGGGGGUCCUCACCACCUCCCCCCCACCCCAGCAUUACUUCUGCGAUGCCUGGAACACCUUUGAUGCCCUCAUCGUGGUGGGCAGCGUGGUGGACAUUGCCGUCACUGAGGUCAACAGCUCAGAGGACAGUUCCCGCAUCUCCAUCACCUUCUUCCGGCUCUUCCGCGUGAUGCGGUUGGUGAAGCUGCUCUCCAAGGGCGAGGGCAUCCGCACCCUGCUCUGGACCUUCGUCAAGUCCUUCCAGGCCCUGCCCUACGUCGCUCUGCUCAUUGCCAUGAUCUUCUUCAUCUACGCCGUCAUCGGGAUGCAGACCUUCGGGAAGGUGGCGCUGCAGGACGGGACCCAGAUCAACCGCAACAACAACUUCCAGACCUUCCCCCAGGCCGUGCUGCUGCUCUUCAGGUGUGCCACGGGGGAGGCGUGGCAGGAGAUCAUGCUGGCCAGCCUGCCGGGCAAGCGCUGCGACCCCGAGUCGGACGCGGGCCCGGGGGAGGAGUUCACCUGCGGCAGCAACUUCGCCAUCGCCUACUUCAUCAGCUUCUUCAUGCUCUGCGCCUUCCUGAUCAUCAACCUGUUCGUGGCUGUGAUCAUGGACAAUUUUGACUACCUGACACGCGACUGGUCCAUCCUGGGCCCACACCACCUGGAUGAGUUCAAGCGUGUGUGGUCCGAGUACGACCCCGCAGCCAAGGGCCGCAUCAAACACCUGGACGUGGUGACGCUGCUGCGCCGGAUCCAGCCCCCACUGGGCUUUGGGAAGCUCUGCCCACACCGCGUGGCCUGCAAGCGCCUGGUGGCCAUGAACAUGCCCCUCAACUCGGACGGGACCGUCACCUUCAACGCAACGCUCUUCGCUCUGGUCCGCACCUCCCUCAAGAUCAAGACGGAAGGGAACCUGGAUGUGGCCAACAAGGAGCUUCGGGCUGUGGUGAAGAAGAUCUGGAAGAGGACGAAGCCGAAGCUGCUGGACGAGGUCAUCCCCCCGCCCGAGGAGGAGGAGGUCACCGUCGGGAAGUUCUACGCCACCUUCCUGAUCCAGGACUAUUUCCGCAAGUUCCGGCGGCGGAAGGAGCGGGGGAUGCUGGGCGCUAACGCAGGCCCCAGCAACGAGUGUGCGCUGCAGGCCGGGCUGCAGACACUGCAGGCGCUGGGCCCUGAGAUGCGCCGGGCACUGAGUGACCUGGAGGGGGACGAGGGCGGGGACGCCCCUUCGGAGGAGCCGCUCACCUACGCAGCCCCCGAGACGCUCUACGGCUCCGCCCCCGGCUCCCCCCUGCUCUCGGAGCCACCCCCCGUCCCCAGCCCCGCGCCCACCGAAGGGGAGGACCCCGCGCCCCCCUCCCACGGGGGAGCCCCCCGCCCUGGCGGCAGGCGGCGCUCCGACGCGGGGGACCAGGAGGAGGAAGCCCCCGCCGAGGAUGCGGAGGAGCCGGGAGGGGAGCCGGGGGAUGUCAGCCACGACGAGGACCUGGAGAGCUCGGCACCGGCCCGGCGCCGCUGGGUCGGGGACAGGGCACCGGGACCCCCGCGCUGGGCGGCGGAGCUGCCCCGGGGGGGGUCGCUGCCGCUGCCCCCCCGGCACUUCGCGUUUGGCAGCGGCGCUCGCGAGGGGCAGCAGCUGAAACGGCGCCGGCUCCUGCCCCCCACCCCCGCUGGCCGGAAGCCCUCCUUCACCAUCCAGUGCCUGCGGCGCCAGGGUAGCUGCGAGGACGAGCCCAUCCCGGGCACUUACAACCCCUCGGGCCCGCCCGGCCCUGCCCGGCCGCAGGGCUACGGCAGCUCCGAGACCUGGCGCCUGGGGGGCUCCUCGCAGGCCUGGGCGGCCCCGGCCCGCGGGCACGUUCUGUACGCGCCGCUCAUCCUGGUGGAGGGGGCUCCGGCGGCGGGGGCGGGCGGCAGCCUGCCCCCCCUCAACCGCUGGUUCCCCCCCGCGCCGCUGCGCCUGCGGCCCUGCGGGCCCCACGAUGCCCUGGCCCGAGGCUCGGCUGACAGCCUGGUGGAGGCCGUGCUGAUCUCGGAGGGGCUGGGGCUGUUCGCCCGCGACCCCAAGUUCGUGGCGGUGGCCAAGCGCGAGAUCGCGGACGCGUGCGACAUGACGAUGGACGAGAUGGAGAGCGCGGCCACAGACCUGCUGACCCGGCGCCGCGCUCCGCCCGCGCCCACUCCCGCCGUCUACAGCGACGAGGAACCGCUGCGGCCGCCGGCGGAGGAGGAGCUGGCGGACGAGAUGGGCUGGGCCGGCGGGGUCUAGAACCCGGCACCGCGGAGCCGGACGGGCUGGCUCUAGAACCCGGCACCGCAGGUGCGAGCAGGCCGGCUCUAGAACCCGCCACCACGGGCCGGGACGGCCUGGCUCUAGAACCCGGCGCCGCGAGUGCGAGCAGGCCGGCUCUAGAACCCGGCACCGCGAGUGUGAGCAGGCUGGCUCUAGAACCAGGGGACCUGAGGCCGGCUCUAGAACAUGGCAUAGCAAUGCCGGAUGGGCCGACUCUAGAACCCGACUCUAGAACCCGGCACCGACACCGGACCUUGUGGGGGCAAUGUUACCUCAGGAAAAAAAGGGAUUUUUUAUCAAAAAGUUUCGAUUUUUUUUUCCUCACACAAGGAGGGUUUUAUUCUGGAAAAGGGGUAUUUGCCUCAGGGAUGGGUUUUUUUCCUGAAAAAGGUGGGUUUUUCCC